AAAGAUGGCGGUGAUGAGUGCGCCAUGUUUUUUCUGACGUUCGUGCAUUAGACAUUUCUUUGAGGAUUGUAAUUUGUAUGAGCAAGAUGGCUGAUGAUGAUCCAUGGUUAUUAAAAGAAGACGGUUUUUUGAAUAUAGAAACUGAGUGCAAAAGCAUAAUCUAUCAUCCUAAUUUAAACGUUGUUCUAAUUACUACUGGCAAUGCACAAGUGUACGUUUUUGAUGUCAAUUCAGGAGUGAUUUUACAGCGAUGUUGUUUUUCUGGAAAAGCUGAUGGUAAAUUACAAGGAGUAUAUUUAGCCGAUGGUACAGACAAAAUUUUAUAUACCGAUGGGCGUGCCAUUGGGGUACGCAGUGACUAUAAUGGCGUACUUCUGUUAGAUACGAUAUUGCAGACCCCUGUUUCUCGCGGUGAAGACAUUAUUAAGCUGGAGCUCCUUCUGUCGGAAGCUAUAUUGUUGCAUCAAUGUCUCCGUUGCAUUGAAUUACCUGGAAUUGAUCAUGUACAGGAAGUAUUACAAGAAUUAUCUGGUAAAAUUCUCAUGGCCCAAGCUAAUCAGAAAAAGGGAAUUAAAGCCCAAAAGUGGAACACGGUAUGUUUGGAAUUACCACAUGGAACUUUAAAGUUAGUAUGCUCAGGUUUGGUAGUGGAAUUAAAGAAACGUAACAGGUAUAUUUCUGCGUUACCAAUUGCCUCGGCUAUCAACGAACGAUUAAACGGCCUACUGCCAAGCCUUGCGUUAGAAGGUGGCCCGGCUGACAGGGAAUUAAUGUUUAGCGAGGCAGCUCGUCGUUAUACAUUCUCCAAGUGGCCGCACAUGAAUUACAAAUGGGCACUGCCCGAUCAAAUGGCACAAGCUGGUUUCUAUCAUCAACCCAAUUCGACAGGAGAUGAUAGAGCAAUGUGUUUCACUUGCAAUGUAUGCUUGGUGUGUUGGGAACCUACCGACGAGCCAUGGUCGGAGCACGAACGUCAUUCACCGGCGUGCCCAUUCGUUAAGGGCGAGUAUACUCAGAAUGUACCACUUUCCGUUACAUUGGCUACCGCUCCUGCUCGCCAAUCCGAGGACAUCGUAGACGUGAUAAGCACGACAAAUGUUUCCGGCCUUGUGGCCACUGCCUCUCACAGUGGCUUUGUAAAUGUUUGGAAUAUCAGCAACCAAUUCAAACAAGAGACAUCUUUCUAUGUUUCAUUCUGCGAGCAAGAAGGCAAUAACAAGGAGUGUAUACAAUUUUACGCAAGAAAUCCGACAACAUCCUACCUUCCCAGUCUUUGUCCGGAGACUGAUCCUUUAUCCGAUUACAAGCCAUCGAGUUCUCAUAAAUUGCAACUUACAGCAUUAUCCAUAGUUGGGAGUUCUAAUUCAAGGAAAAAGGAAGUAAACGGUACCUGUUCCGUUUUACUGAAUCCUAUCGAACCAGCGGAAAAUAAAGUCAGACCUUGCUUAGUGUGCGGCGUGUCGAUUGGUGUUAGUAAUCAAGUGCAAGUAAGAACAUUAGAAAACGUAUGGGCAGCCUCGACAGACUUAGCCCCCUCGUCAUCCUUGGUGCGUGCAAUGAACAGUGCAAACAGUGCAGCCAGUGAUACUUUAGAUAUAAUGAAGGUUGCCGAUAGGGGCUCGUCGACUCUUUCUCAACAUCUAGUAUUGUAUGAUUUUCACCAUAAGUCGGUCUCCACGCAUCCUGUCAAGGAAGAUAGCACGAAACAAACCAAGUCCAAGAAAACGUUAUCGGGAACUGGCACCAGUGCUAGUUCUAACGUUGGACGCCAGGAGAACAUGUAUCAAGAAUUAUUUCUUGGUCAGUUUUGGUACGAGGUUCCAGUUAUCGAGGAUUUGGACUCCGAAAUGGUCGUGGGCACGCAUUUCAACGGUGUGUAUCCGACUACUACUGUCACUGCAUCGUCUUCAAAUGGGAUAUUCUCAACUCCAAUAGGAAUUACUGUACCGUAUUCGUCGAAUCCCUUCGAUGCCAAUUUCAAUCCCAUUAACUCUUCGGAACAGUUUGCUUCGACGUCCGAAGUUUCUGGCUUAAACAAGAAAACCUUUGAUAUAAUGAAGGGGUCAAAGAGUGAGCCAGUCGCGGUACAGGUUGUCGGUAUAGAUGCACCGGACUACCUUAGAAUAGCGUACGUUACCCCACUAAAGGAUGGUAAGCACCUUUACGUAGCUUUGUGCCCGACAUCGGAUACCGAUUUCAAUGAUCCUUCAACGUUUUCCAACACCAAUCGGAUGGAUGUUGACGAAGAGAGCGAACUUUUUCCACCUAAGAGUUACGUUUAUUGGGAUCAGAAUGAGACACAGUCUGGAAAAUUGAUCAAUGGCGAUGCGCGUCACUGUGCGUGCACUGGGAACGCGAUAUUACUCGUCUACCUCUUGGACUUUUCGGGAAAGGUCGUUAAAUUGGUGCCACAGCCCAUAGUCAGGAGAGAACUACCGGAGGAUCAGAUGCCCGUCGAACACGUAUUACUGCCGCUGCACGAGAAGAAUAAAGUUAGCUACGCGAGUACUGCUUCGACCGUAGCUGCUCCUACCGGGACAACGGAUGUUCAAAAGCCUUGUGGUCAAGUGGCCUUAGUGUGUAAAGACGGCGUCGUGAGGCUUCUGGAUUUAAGUACCCUUAAGACUGUCAGAGAAGCGAGAUUGGAUGGAAGGAAAUUCAUUUCUGCAGCGUACUGUACUAGCCUAGAGAGAUUGUGCGUUUGCACGAACGACGGAGUCCUUCAUUUUUUUACCACCAUGGAAGAAGACGAGUCUGUGGAGGAAAAAGAGGACGCUGACGACAUCAACAUGAUUUCGGAAGCUUCACGGUCUGGCAAUGAAAGCACUGCUCCGAGUACCUCCACCUCUUUAGCUACUUACCAGGAGCAGAUAAUAGCGCACAAAUCAAAUUUGACAUAUUCGGAUUUGAGAACGCUUUAUGAACUUACAAGAUUUGGAAGACAUUCGCCAGCGUAUUCGGCAACUGUACCGCCUUGUUGGAGUGAAAUGAUGCAAGCUCAAAGGCAGCGGCGUCAUCCGCAACAUCUUCAUCAAUUAGAGUACCAACAUCACACGCGCACGUGGCGUUUGCAGAAUGACGCAACCACAUGGGACGAACACGUAUUCGAGCUUACUUUACCUCGAGACGCGCCAGGUAGCGUGGGUCAUGUCGACGUUCGAUUCAGUUUACAUUCCCCUUGUUCGGAGCUUCCAACGAUACAAGUCACUCUUCUGAAGCAGAAUAUAACUGGGAUCGGGCAUCACAAAUCACCUCUUACUCCGGUCGAUGAGAAAAUAGAUUUCAGUUUGGGGAUCGAGCAGAGAGGCGAUAAUCCGGUUGUCACGGAGGAGUAUCAACGCCAGCAUAAUACAGAAGUUUUGUGUGGUCCUAUUAACUUGCAGUGUUGUACCGAUCUCUCUGAUCAUUCUGGGUGUGUCUCCCUUACGAGUCCAAAAUUGUUUCGCACCAAGGCAAGGACCCUGCUCGUUCACAUCAAGGCUUCAAUGGAUUCCCUAAAGGAUAGCGCUCUCGCUAGAUGUAGAGUCAGUGCAUUCGAUUCGAAACCACCAACGUCUAAAAAGUUGAGGAUAGACGAAGCUGGUCCAUUUUUGCCUGGAGCAACGGUGGAACGACUCGCAGCUAGUGCUAAUAAGAAGUUCGAAUAUUAUAUCGGUUGUGACUGGAUCCACGAGAUUUCAAUAACAGUUAGAUCACUGCAUUGUACAAAUAUUCCUAAUGAAAGGUCGCAAAGGUGCGCAAUGUUGGAGUCCAAAACUUGCAUCGAGAACUUGUUGAAUAUAGCAUGUCUACAGACAGCCGACAAGUCUCCUGUAAUCCAAUCGUUAGCUUUGGAUAUUCUAAUAUGGAUUGCAGCAAUAAGACUUACUAGGCUACGAACUAGCGAAAAUAGCGUAGAUUCAAAAAGGAAACAAUUGGAAGUAAUACGAUGUGUCCAGGGACGACUCUCAAAUCUAUUACGCAGUGGUCUUUUGUAUGCAGGAAGCAGUAUAGCUCACAAAUGCGUGAAACUAAUUAUUUUAUGUAGCGAGGGUCUUCAUAAUUCGGACGAUUCGUCACCUUACUCAUUCGAUGAGGCAGUGCUUGCAGUUUUAGUAACGUUGCUGCCUUCAAUUUGGGGCGUGCAGUGGGCUGGAUCUUUGCAUUGGUUGUCCAUCCUCAUUACCAGAUUACUCCCUUUGGAUAGAAGUCACAGUAUCGCGCAGCAGUGCGUCACUCUUGUGCAACAGAUUGCAUCAGAAAUGUUGAGCCGCGUCAAUCCUUACCACCUUUUACUGGCCACAAGAUUUGGAUUGUACAGUUCUCCAUUUGAGACGGAGCUCUUUGAUUUAGAGCCUCCGAUGCCACCAAAAUUCAGCUCGAUACCUUUAACUUAUGCGAGUAUUGCAGCCGGGGAUCAGAUUGGGGCAUCGGUAACCUCAAAUAGCGCUCUCUAUCCUCAAGACUCGAUCGAUUUGCGCGAUCUCCUUACUUUGCCGGCGUGUGCCACCACGGAACUUGUCGUUCCGGGAAAAUUGAAAGUUCUUUGCGCGAAUCACAACAUGAAAGGACUGCUUGAGGUGAUGGUAGAGCCGCUUCACUUUACGUGUCACGCAGCUUCCGACGGUACGAAAAUGGAAAAAAUUGAUCCAGCCAUGAACACUGUCAAUAUUGGGACGACUUUGUUCGACAGCGCAACCAUAAAGAACAGCAAUGCAACCGACAUUAAAGUCCUUCACCAUGUAUACGGAGAAGAUGCCACCUUUCCAUGGGAUAGGCUAUUAUGUUGGCCUUCCCAACAAGUGCUGGUUGUCGAGAGAAUGCACUCUGGAGCUCGUCGAUUUGUCAUUCUUGAUUUUGGGUCACCUGUACUACUAACCGACUUGAUGGUUCCCUCGUGCAGUGAUUUGGUGUCACUGUCAAUUGACAUUUGGGCAAAAAGCGAAGAGAGCGAUGGCACGCGUCUUAUAGUUGCCGGUGACAUCGGAAGCAAGCCACUGGUAGUGAGUGAUCUCCAGCCACCUCCAGUGUGCAGAUAUCUUAAGAUCACAACGAUAGGCCGCUAUGGGAUGUCCACGACAAGAUGUAAAAUUCCACUUGGAAUGUUUUAUGGACACAUGAUCAUUUUACCAGGAGAAACUUACUCGGAAUCAACCAACUCUCAACCGAAAUUUGACGGGAUCAAUGACUCCUCUUUGGAAGAUGCGGUCGAAUCCCAGUGCACUAUUCUUUCCACUCUCGCAGAAGACGUUCAAUGCAGAUUCAGUUUAGCAACGGAAAGACUGAAGAGUCUCUUGGAUCCUUUACUAUCGACUGAAACCUCAAAUGUCAUGCACAUGCAACAUUUCCUGCACCGCGGUAAGAUAUCGAGCGAAAAUAAGGAACAUUCGUCUAGUAAAAUUCUUGCCACAUAUCAUGAGUGCAUUAUGUUUCAACAUCAACUAAACGUCGUACGCAGUGUGUGGCGACGGCUCGAAGGAAGAAAUGGAUCUCAGAGUAUACCAAAAACUUUGCUAUUAAAUGUCCCGAGUGACAAACUUCGAGUACUCGGGGAAACCAUGUUGGACAUUCUUCUCUACGCGGUGUACAUAAUUGGUCCUGUGCCUAGUAUACCAUUGUCUUUGAGCGAAGUAUUUACACCAUCCACUUGCGAGCGGUUUUUUCAUUCUAUAUGCGUAGUUACUCCAGCUCCACGUUUACAGCUUUACGCUGUGGCUACGUUGGCUCGCAUGGCUGGUCAUCAGCCAUGGUGGGGUGAUUUUUUGGCCAAUAUGUUGGUCAACCUCUACUCGGCAUCGUCUACCUGCAUCUUUCCUCAAGAUAGGGUUUUCAUUUUGCUAACAUUUCUUGGACGGAAGUCAUUGAUCGCUGGACCUAACAAGUCCUCGGUAGUAGAUGCGAUGGUUCGCACUUUGGGCAAACUACUGGCGCCACUGUCCAAUGGCCACACAUCCAGCUCGAACCGACUGGACACAACCCUGAUUGGCUGGGUUCUCCUUUUCUUAUCCGUGUGCUUAGAUACAACUGCGACUCAUUCUUCCUGUAUCGAGGAAAGCCACGAGAAGAAUAGGGAGCAAGGAUUCUCCUCACGGUGGGAAUUUAUCCAAGGAGAGUCGGCGAUGCAACGGAAAUUCAUGAGUGCCAGUCGAUCGUCGGCUUCCCGGAAUUAUCAUCGAAAGAUACAGAAACGGCUGAUGCAUCAUAAACAACAUCUUCAGGAUCUAGAGCAGGCUAAAAAGGCUUUCCAAGCGUCGUCGCAAGUGCAGGCGUGGUCGGCGCUUUCAUCUCAAACGGCCACAUUGUCCAACAAACUGGAAGCUGCGUUGAAGUCGCAAGAACGUUUGUUCAAGAAAUCGUUGAAGCAUCAUACUGUAAAAUACACGCAUGAUUUUCAUUGCGUUAGGAGGAACGACGUUUCCCGAAAUUCACGUCUUCCUCUGCAGCCUACACCUAGUAGGUCGGAUGGGACGGAUGUGGACAUAGACUGUUUGACCAAUUUGUUGUAUCAACACGUACUGCCAGUAGCGCGUGGCCUCAUUGCUCUGAUUUUAAACAAUGCAUCUAAUGUGGACAUGUUUCUUCUAGCGUGUAAGGUAGUUGCUAGGCUAGUGGUAUCCACGCGCCCUGCAAUUAGUUUGGGUGAGCUUAUGACCGAGGAGCAGCUGUUAAGAUUAGUCAGACUGGCCACUGGGACCUCCGAUGCCGCAUGGUCUUCGCACGCAAUCUCGUGUCUCUUGCAAGAUCUUUUGGAAGGUGGAAGAUUGUUUCCAAGACCUUCGGUGCCUCCCGAGGAGAGCCCCUCAGAGGAGAGUUUCGAAUCCUUCGUCAGCGAAGAUAGCAGAGUGGUGGAAGAAGAUCCUGUGGCGGGUACCAGUUCUUCCGCUGCGGCCUUGGGAGCCGAAAAGGGCGACGGCGAAGUCGACUGCGACGAAGACACGCAAGAUAGCGCUGCCAUGACGCUGGGCACCGUUUCUAAAUCCAAUGGUUUCAAUUUACCUUCACUGUUGGAAUCGGAUGACAGCGACCUCGAGGACUUUUACGAUGACAUCCUCGAACGCGGUAGGAAUCUAUUGAAGAAGGGAAAUACUGCGACCAAGUUACCAGCCUCAGCUACUUCAAACAGUAUUUCUCUGGCAAUGGAUGCAAGGUUGGAGUAUGGCAUUGAAGCAGGCGUGGAAAUUUCGUUGAGAAGACUUUCUACGCUCGGCGCGUAUAACUUACCCAUCAGUAUAAUUGCGACCGUGCACGCACCUGCAGAGCCAAUUCGUCCCUCACAGUCUACAUCGAGAAACUCAAGUUGGAGCGACAACAGUUCCGAUGCUUGGAAUCCUAUCAAUCCAUUGCCAUCCAAUCUGUCGAUGCUCACCAGAUGCUUCGACGGCAUCUUCACAGACUUGUACUUACAGGCUUCGGGGACUAGUCUGGAACUAGUUUUGCAACUGUGGCUCACAUUGAAUUUGGAUGCGGCAUCUGGGUUUUCAAAUUGUGCUGCGCAGUUUGAUCCAUCUAUAACGCCUGAUAUCCCCUUCAAUUCUGCAGCUCUUUCUGGCCUCGUAUCGGCACUGUCUUGGUAUCCUGGUGUAUCGCUUCGAGCGUGGUAUCUAGCGUUACAAUGCUUGACGCUUGCCAGCAAUCAACCGACGCAAACAGUGCCAGAGCAUGCAGAUGUAGCUACGGAUGGAUUGCUCGGAGGCAUGGCAAGCUGCAUCGUCAAGGAUAGAAGUAUAGGCCCGAUGCUUCUCCGAUUUUUGUCCGGUAAUGGCUUAAACGUGGAAGCCACCGACAAGCAAUACAUUAUGGCUGGACCCACGGUUUGUCAGGCAUUGCAAGACUUUUUGGUUAGGCUGGAAAUAAGAUGCGACGUCAGGACACCGAGCAGUCCCCUAGGAAAUGCUUUGAAGGAUCUGCUACUCUGGGUGCUGUACCAACUCGUACAGCCAGGUGGCGCGCUGGUCGGUCGGCGGGGUCCUUUGGAUGCUCAGUGCAAACUCAUUACCUCCUUGAUUAAUCUGAACUUUACGAAUGCCGAUUUGGGAACGGUCAUGAGCAUAUCCGAAUGCGUCGGAGUCUUGGUUGCUACGUACAUCGGCAGAUCGGGAGUCGGUGUACAAUGCGGAGGAGCCGGGGAUCCAACUCCUCAAUCGGGAAGUUUCGGUGGUUUAUAUGCUUCCGUCUUUGGUGGAGAUGCAAGACAUGGUCGGCCAGCCUCCUGGAACACGCUGGUUGUCGCGUUAAUCAAGUUGGUCUGCCGUCUCGUUCAGACGCCGCUCCCGAAUUCCCGCUGUUCCCAAUCGGAAGGUGCAACCGAAAUGGAAAUCGGAGACGAGGCCCUGCGCCCGGGAGCAAGCAGUAAUGGUUGCCAAACGAGUAUCGAUACCUCUCAAACGGAUGAAUGUAAAGUGGCAGAACAGCAAACUUGUUUGCGUCCGCAGCAGACUGGCCUGAACGUGCCACACGUACCUUGCGUGGCCGACACCGUGCUGCAGCACGAGCCGACGAUGAUGCGACUAUUGGCUGCUCUGGGACAUAGCAGUGGCUCGUCCUUGGCUAUGCUUUUAGGCGAAGGUCCUGGAACAGGAGCAGCCACGGAACUUGGCGACCCAGCUUCGGUUCCAGAUGCGACCUUUCAAUUGCUCUCGACGCUCGCGCAAAAAGCCAGUAGCCCCAUGUUGGUUCUAAACCCGUUGUAUCGGUACCUUGCGUCCACGCGUGGCUUGGAUGGUUCGUCCCGGCGAGUUAAUGUCAUGCAAUUGUCGGAACCACUGUUAUGGUAUAUACUGAAGGUACUCGACAACGAGGCUUCCUUGGCAGUUUUUACGGCCAUGGGUGGUGUAAGAGUACUGUGCGAGAACCUUGUAAGGUCGAAUAGUUCCGGUUGCGGAACCGGCCCGGUUACCGCUGGAGUAAUUGCUCUCGUAAUGCAACAUCUUUCGAACGUGCCUACCGCGACACCCGUAGUCUCCGCCAGUAGCAAGAAAACGACGAACAAUUUGGAAUCUUACGAGGACGGUCUGAUGAAUUUUGCUCCGCUCGGCACGAUAUCCUGGCUCAAUCCUACGGCACAACCGGCAGACGUGUUGAUACAAAGUGCUGCACCACACCGCCGUGCCAGGACAGCUGCGUGGACGUAUCACUUUUACCAGGACGAAGCUUGGGUUGAUUUGACCAUAAUGUUGCCAUGCGCGGUUCUGUUGCGAGAAGUAGAGCUUCAGCCACAUCUCACGUCGCUCUCUACGUGUCCAUCGGCAGUGGCUUUGGAGAUUUCGCGCGAAUGCAACACAGCCAUGAUGCCUAUUUGCCCUCCGAUGCCUACGGCAGGCUUAACUUUCAUUCGUAUUACCUUAUCGAAGCCUGAAAUUGCCACCGCUGUGCUGGUUCGCCUCUACAAACCUCGGGAUUCUACCAGCAUUGGUUUGAGUCAGAUUCGUUUAUUGGGUACAACGGCUUUCGGCGAGAUUAAGACCAAUAACGACACGAUAGAUGAAGAGCAGCUGACUAAAACGAGCUUGGGGUGGCUUCGUCUCAUCCAUCAGUGUUUAUCGGUGAGCACACUAAACGGAAACCUUAUGGAGGAUGUUCUGAACUCGGCAGCUUCCGUGGAAGGAUUGGUAGAUGCUUGUUGUAAUCUCUUGUUGCUUCCCGCUCCGUCCCUGUUCACCUCCAACCUGGAGAGGGUCCUUCUGCAAUUGGGUCUGCAUUCCGAAGAGUUGGGUCUCCGGCUUAUUAACUUUUUACUCGACAACAGGUCGACCCACGCGUUCCAAGUGCCGGGAAUGAAUCAGGAGACACUGACUGUCCAGCUAGUUGUUGAGCUUUUGCAACAACUCUGCACUGCUAGAAAUUCUAGUACCGAGGCUCGUAUGUCCGCCGUGUUAUCCUGGCUCUACGGUUCUGCAAGAAACGCCACAGCCCACACCCCGGGCACUGCCAAUUUCGUUUCUCCGCCAGCGGUGUAUAUUCACUGCAUAUCCGCUAUCGUCUGGAAAGUCCAUAAUCAAGAGGGACUUUCGUACGAUUUGCAAGCAUUGCUCAGCGACGAUAUCUUUAACGCUUUGUAUCGAUGGACCCUGAUACUCGAGGCACACUCCGCCUUGAAACAAUCCAUUGACGCCGCCUUAUGUGCAUUCAGUUACGUUCGUCCAUCGUUGUUUCCGUUGCUCCUGCAAAGGGUGCACCUGUUGAUGCCGAACCUGGCUCCUGGUCACUCCGCAUCCAUUUCCGACGACCGGAAGGGAACCGAGGGCCAGACGGAUGAUAAAAAAACAGAAUUCGAUGCUGCGGAGGGACACUGUCGUCCUGUAUUCCUGGAGUAUCAGAAGUUACACCUUACGGAGGGCCAAUUGCUUACGGUCGCCGCUGCGGCUUCUUCUUCGUCUGGUGUUCAACAGCUCAUAGACUCGAAACUCCCGGCAUUUCUCGUUGCGUUGAUCACAGAAUUCUGCGACACGGAAAAGUCCAAAUUACAGCAACAACAAAGGAGCACAUCAAACGAGACGUGUCAUGGCAUUAAUUCUAGAGGCACUGCUAGUAUGACGGACAAUGACAAGGCCGAGGAGUUUACUCGACAAUCGAGCAAUUAUUUCGGUAAUCAGUGUGCAACGGAACCAGAAAGCAUCGCCAUGGUAUUAGAAUUCCUAUCGCUUGUUUGCUCAGAGGGCAGGAUGAGAGACUGGUUGGGAAAUGAAGGUCGAGGAUUCUGGCUGCCGCUUUUGACACUUCUCAGCAAUCGUCCUAUCGAGAAUCCUUCGGUAACUUCCAGGUGUUCGAGACGAAUCGAAUCGUAUACGAGUCUGGAAAACGCUACAAUCAAAUUCUUGGCUAGGUGUUGCUGGUGCCAUCCAGUUAAUCAGAAAUUAUUGGCCGAGCUGCUCACCGAUGUCAUUUCACAACAGAGAAUUCCCCCGAACGUGCGGUAUCUCCACGGUAUUUCGGGGUUCACUAGAAGAUUAAUACUUCAAUUGUUACUGGAAGGAGAAAAGGUUUUAAUCGCUGUAACAUCAGACGUUCCGAUGAAACCCACCGAUAAUGGAGCAAGUCAAUGUACUCCAUCUAUGCCUCCACACCCAGCACACCCGAAUGGUCAUUACCACAAGUUACUCUACAUGUCAACGCAAUCAACCGUCGCCGACAUAUUGCAACAAAUAUCUGGUACGUGGUUACUCAUGCUUCUACCGAGCAGUCGAAAAGGAAGCGAGGCAAAUAAAAGCAGUUCCAAUCGUUCACGGGAACUUUGGGAAUCCGGGAUGGCGUCGGUGGUAGAUACCUUGAGCGUUGCGGCUGGAAACACAGCGAAAGACAAAAGAGCGAAAGAAGCUUCAAACAGGUCUCAAGCCCGAGGCCCAAUUUUGAGGAGACCUCGCACAAGCAUAGAUGGAGUAGGGACAACGUCAAAGAGUCACAGUAGCGGCAUGCAAGCAAAUUCGACAAACUCGAAGGCUCAGCAAUACUUAAUACACGCAUCUAAACCAAAUACGCCGCUGCCGCCGCAAUUAACGAUCGCUCAACUUUUGGCUAUCACGGAAGACGCUGGGGUCUCCCCAUCCGAGCCGUGCGUGUACCUGUUCCUGCGUCAACGCAACAAAGACUCGAAAGAGGAGCCGGCCAGGUCGAACGGCAGCGAGUUGCUGAACUACAGGAGCAUCGAGUGCUCCUUGGGGGUCUUCAGCACCGGAGGGGGCUUGGCGGUGCUGGCCAGGCACCUCCCGUUGAUAUGCCCGGAUUCCGGAAAACCUUCGCCCGUCGUCGAGAAGUCUCCGUCGACGUCGCAACUUGACACGGGAUGGGUAAAGGUCGAGGCCAGCGACGACGUAUACGAGGACGUGGAAGAAGCAGGAGUCGCUGGAGUAUCGAAGACGUCGCCUCCGGCCCCGCACGUGCCGCCGCACUCUCUCACGGCGUUCGGUCUGUUCCUGAGGCUUCCUGGAUACGCCGAGGUCCUGCUGCAGGAUAGAAAACGCGCUCAGUGUCUGCUAAGGCUGGCCUUGGGGGUGUCCGACGACGGAGAAGGAAGGGACAUGUUGAGCUCGCCUUUCGCGGCUUCCUUGCCAACGUUGCCGUUUCAAGUGCUGAAGCAGCUGCUCGACGCGACGCCUCCCACCACUGACGACGGGUACCUCCUUCGCCGCAUCAGCAUCGAGGUCGGGGCCGUCUCGUUGCUCCUCGAUUGCCUGGCAAUUUUCACACACCAGACGGAAUACAACGAAGGCACCGAGCAGCGAAACGGCCAUGGCGGCGGACGCAGCGACGACAAGUCGCACCUAUACUGGGCCAAAGGAACUGGCUUCGGCACCGGCUCUACCCAGCAGUCUUGGAACGUCGAGCAGUCCUUGUUGAGGCAGCGCUUCGAGGAGGAGCACGUAACCGUGCUGUUGCAGGUCUUGGCCAGCUACGUCGGCCCCGAGGGCCAGCCACAGCCGGAUCUGCCAGCCCCGUUCACGGACCUUUUGUCUCGCUCGUGUCUGCUCCCCGCGCUGUCGUCUUAUCUCAGAAACGACUCGGUCCUCGACAUGGCGAGGCACAUCCCUCUUUACCGGACGAUCCUGCAGUUGCUCAGGGUCAUGGCCCUGUCCACCCAGCUGGCUCCUCUUCUUCUUCCACGGGGGAGCAUAUCGAGCGAUCCCUCCGUCAUCUCGCUCCUGUCGAACAUGAGAGACUGCGUCGACACGUACAUGAACAAGGUCAAUCGUACUCGCGGAAAUAAUUUCAAGUCCAUCGCAAAGGGUGCCGACGACUCCGAGCAGGACGAGGGUUUGGCUACUCUAAUACCGGACAUUCAGGAGAGUGCCAUUAUCGUGCAGGGUGCCACCGCGAAGUUGGCGGGACUUGGAGAAGAGUCGACGAGGCCAAGUUCCGCGGCUCCCGAAUUACCGUUGCGCUCCAUCGAGCAGCGUUACUUGGAAGUCAUGAAGACCCUUCAGUUUGAUACGUACGAAAUGAUAACUGAGAAUUCUGAGGGUGGAGGCUACAAGUUCGUCGUGUCUUAUCAUUUCGAGUCGAAUAUGAGAGCGGCAGGUGAGAGGAGUCAUCCAACAAGGGUGAAGAGACUAGCUCAGGAAGCCGUCACCCUUUCCAGUGCGCUACCUCUGUCGUACAGCAGCAGCGUCUUCGUCAGGUGCGACGCGGACAGGUUGGACGUUAUGAAGGUGUUAAUAACCGGACCAGCGGAGACGCCGUACGCCAAUGGUUGCUUCGAGUUCGAUGUCUACUUUCCUCCGGACUAUCCCAACAGUCCCAUGUUAAUAAACCUAGAAACAACUGGCCGACACACGGUUCGCUUCAAUCCCAACCUUUACAACGACGGAAAGGUGUGCCUUAGCGUUCUAAACACCUGGCAUGGGCGUCCGGAGGAGAAAUGGAAUGCUCAUACCAGCAGUUUCCUUCAGGUCUUGGUAUCCAUUCAAUCCUUGAUAUUGGUUUCGGAGCCGUAUUUUAACGAGCCAGGAUACGAGCGAUCCCGCGGGACCUCUAGCGGAGCCCAGUCUAGUCAAGAGUACAACGCCAACAUCUGUCAAGCCACCGCAAAGUGGGCGAUGCUUGACCAAAUACGUAAUCCCUGUCCGUGUUUUAAAGAGGUUAUACAUACCCACUUCUGGUUGAAGCGACACGAAAUAGUUGCUCAGUUGGAAGGGUGGAUCAGAGACAUGGAGCUACACGGGACCGACAGACGAUCGGCUCGUGCCAUUUCCUUAAACGCUCUAGCUUUGAGGAGGCACUACAAGCUCCUGAGGGAAGAACUGAACAAACUGCCAACCCCGGAAGGUCUGGAGGAUCUAGCGGAGCCCCUCCCGUCGCCAGGCUCGCCGUUGGAAUUGUGCGGCACUUCUGGGACAACGCCCACGACCAGUGCCCAUGGCCAGGUCGUACUGGCCACUUCGGUGGGUACCAUUUCCAUGCCCUCGAUUCCCUCGACCACGUCCGUCUCGAGCAUAACGUUAAGCAAUGCCGGUAGUCCGAUCACGAACGCUAGUGCCAGCAGUCAUGUACACCAUGACAUCGACACCGACGUCGAGAUGGAGAAGAUGGUCUCAAAAGUGUGUGAAUAGUUGAACGGUGUUAAUGGAGGUUGUUGGACUUUUUCAAGAGUCUAUUGUUAGCGUUACGAGCUGUAUAACGGACCGAGCGCGAGCCGACCAAACGUCCACCCCGACGUUUGGAUCUCGCGAGAAACAGCAGCCGAGAAUCCCCUGAACGGUGUAAGGGGGCUUGUCUUGCCGUGGUUGAUUGCAGGACGAGCGAGCCGGCUUUCUUACCGUUACCGAAAGAACGCCGUGCCCAAUGGAAAUUUCACGUAGCUGCUGCUAUCGGAUAUGUAUUCUAGCCCGUACUUUCCCUACUAGAAGUAUCGAUCGUUAUACCACGUUUAAGAUACAUGUUCUCGGUUUAUUGUAGCUGGUACUCCUACGCGGGAAGUGAUUAAACGACUCCUCGUUUCGACGCGCGUAUGAUGCGUACAGGUAGAGACAGGGGCGGGGGGGGGGGGGUGUAUCCAUAAGAAAUGUACGCACAUUGGAAUCCGAUAUUUUCACAAGCGGUCGUAGUCGAUAGCGGAUGACCGGAGGCAUCGACCUCCAUCGAUAAGAACGUUCGACCUUUCGACUUGACCUCUCGGCGCCGAAAUCGACUGUAGAGACGCGACCGGUCGAACGUGUAUUCCAAGUCCACUCGGGUUAAAAUUCGAGUAACUCGAGUCGAUGAAACAUUCGACUCGUCGCGUCAUUGAUUCGGUCGGCUACAAAUGACAUCUCUCGUGAUUGAAUAAAAAGGUGAACGGGCGCGUUGCGGUUUCGGCAUAAUCACGAGUACCGGUCUUUGGGAUCGCCACAUAUUGUGAGUACGUGUAAAAUAUUGCAAACGAUAGGAUAAUCGAGAGAGAUACUUAUUGUACGCUUUCAAACUACGGGAAUGUAAACGAGGUGAGACAUGCAUGCGACGCAAGAAAGAACAACUUCGGUCUAUCUAUUCUGUACCUAAUAAAAUAGAAAGUAGCGGUGUGUACGUAUCCUGAUAGGCUGCAUAUCACCCUAAGCACUGAUUGUCCCGAAAGAAUAAACGAUGCGUUUUUUUCUUUUUA